GGGAAGGAUGGAGCUGCCCGGGGACCCCGCUGCGGCCCCGGCGUUGCGGCACUUCACCUGGGAGGAGAUCCGGGAGCGGGACGGCCGCGGGCAGGGGCCGCAGGAGAGAUGGUUGGUGAUCGAGAGGAAGGUGUACGACAUCACCCGCUUCUGCCGGAGGCACCCGGGGGGAGCCCGUCUCAUCUGCAGCCACGCCGGGCAGGACGCCACGGAUGCCUUUGUAGCCUUCCAUGUUGACAAGGCGCUGGUGAGCAAGUACUUGAAGCCACUGCAGAUUGGGGAGCUGGCCCCAGAUCAACCCAGUAUUGAGCCCACUAAAAAUAAAAUGCUGGUGAAAGACUUCCGUGAAUUGCGUGCUACUGUUGAGAAAAUGGGACUUCUGGAGCCAAAUCAACUCUUCUUCUUCCUGCUCCUCACUCACAUCCUCCUGUUGGAUACUGCUGCUUGGCUCAUCCUCUUCUACUUUGGAACAUCCUUCGUGCCCUUUGUUGGCUCUCUGGUGGUGCUGACCAUUUCCCAGGUCCAGGCUUCAUGGUUGCAACAUGAUUUAGGACAUCUUUCAGUAUUCAGGGCGACAAAGUGGAACCACUUGCUGCAUAAGUUUGUGAUGUGCCACUUAAUUGGGGCAUCAGCCAAAUGGUGGACUCUUCUGCACUCCCAGCACCAUGCCAAACCCAACUGCUUCCGGAAAGACCCUGAUAUUGAUAUGCACCCUUUCCUGUUUACUUUGGGGAAGAAGCUGUCUGUGGAGCUUGGGAUCAAAAAGAAAAAAUACAUGCCAUACAAUCACCAACACAAAUACUUCUUCAUCACUCUGCCUCCACUCCUGUUUCCCACCUACUUCCACUACCACACGUUUUACAUUGCAUACACAAAAAGGUACUGGGUGGACUUGGCCUGGAUGAUGACUUUCUACAUCAGGUUCUUUUUCAUUUAUGGAUCAUUACUAGAAAUAAAGAGUCUUGUGGCAUAUUAUUUUAUAUUCAGGAUGAUGGAGAGCAGCUGGUUUGUCUGGGUUUCACAGAUGAACCACAUCCCUAUGGAUAUUUACUAUGACAAGAAUUUGGACUGGAUGUCUACUCAGCUCCAGGCCACAUGCAAUGUUGAGCAGUCCCUAUUCAAUGACUGGUUUACUGGGCAUCUUAACUUCCAGAUCGAACAUCACCUGUUUCCCACAAUGCCAAGACACAACUACUGGAAGGUGGCUCCUCUGGUGAAGUCCUUGUGUGCCAAACAUGGCAUCGAGUACCAAUGCAAGCCAUUGCUCACAGCUUUUGCAGACAUUAUCCACUCUCUGAAGAGCUCAGGAGAUCUCUGGCUUGAUGCCUACCUACACAAAUAAGAAGAUGAGGCUUGAUGGUACCGUUCACAGCCUGCCAUUUCUUUCCAUUCCCAGCAAGCUGAGGACCAGGGACUAGAAGGGACUCUAUGGCAGAAAAAAAUGGAUAAGAACUGAAGGAUAUGAUUCCAAUAGAUAUAAAGUUACUUGAAUUUUGCUUCUGA